AUGACUAAGAAGAGACAAAGGAUCAUUCUAGUAUGUGAUAACUGUCACAAUAGAAAGAUUAAAUGUAAUAGAAAGCUUCCAUGUGAUAGUUGUACAAACAGGGGUAUAGCAUCUCUCUGUUGUUAUACAACACUAGAGAAGGAACUCGCAAAACAAGGUAAAUCAACUAAAAUGAUUAAGAGUGGUGAAGGGACCUCUGAUGAGAUCAUAGCAUUAAGAAAUAAAGUAAAGGAAUUAGAAGAUCAUUUGAGGAAUAACGGUUUGAUGAUUCCAGUUGGCGGUGGACAAACUCCUCUGUCUGAAAAUUCAUCACCUAAUCUACUUCACCACAAUAGUAUUCUGUCGUUAGGCAGUGAUCACGGGUUCAGUAUACCCCGAACAAAUAGCAGUGAUAAUACAAAUGAAAACUGUAACGGAGAUCAUAACAAUACGGAUUUUUUCUUCAAUCAUGGAUCCGAUAUAUUUUGUACUAGGAUUCAAGAAACUUUUGUUUUUAGUUGUCCCAUAUCGUAUAUUCUGAUAAUCAAAAGAGAUGUGGCUUAUAUACUAUUCUGGCACUACAAUCGACUGAUUCAGCAAAGAGAUGCUUUCAGAAGUCAGUUCGUAAGUGGGGUUGGUCCCUUAUUGGACAAUGAUACUUUGCUAUCGGAUAAAUACGAGCAGGAAGCUAAAGCAUAUUUUGGGGAUGGAUUUAUCCCUAAAUACGACCCUAACAUCAAAAACGACGAUUCAUUAAUAAAAAGAAGAAUCAAUCUUUAUAAUGCUGAUGUAGCCUUAUUGUUUUACCCAAACUAUAUCCCUCCUAACUUGAAUAUUUUAUCAAAAAUUUAUUAUGUUUUACCUCCAAGAGAGAUUGUUUUGGAAUAUCUCGAGAUUUUCUUCGAUAAAAUGCAUGAAUACUUCCCAAUAUUUGACAAGUUAUCGUUCACGAAUGACAUCAAGAAGAUCUUGGUAUUAAGAAAUGAGACUAAGUUAACAAUCAAUAUUGAACAAAAGAAUGACAUUGCUAAGGUGGCUUCUUUAUUAUUUAUUUUGAGGUUCACAUACCUUUUUGCCAUGAAAGACCAAAAAUCACGUAACGACUAUGGUUCUGUGCUACAACAUCCGGUUUAUGUAGAGGCAGCACUUUUCGGUAAAGAAUGUUUGAAAGAAUUCAAUUUAGGUCUUAAUUUAUCCUUUGAAGGACUUCAAAGUUAUUUAAUGGCCAAAGUUUAUAAGACUUUUGCUCAAGACGAAUGUGAUGCUUUAAGAGAAACUGAUUUAUACAUCCAUUCGUUAGUGAUGUGUGCCUCAACAUUGGGUUUAAAUAGAGACCCUGAUAUUUAUAUUCAUGACGAAAUAACCUGGUUAACUAAAACCAAUCGAAGGAAAAUUUGGUUUUUGAUUUUGAAUCUCGAAUGCCAUGAACUGGGUAUCUAUGGUAGACCUAUCUAUAAUGAUUUGUUCAGCGAUGUGAAAUUAGAAGAAAUAAAUAUCCCAGGAGAUGAUGUCUUGUAUAAUACAAUGUCCAAGUUCAUGACGAUCAGACCAGUUGUAAGAGACUUUUUACGUACAUUGCUUAAUAUUAGGGAACCCGUGAAUCUUGAUUAUUUGACCAAUAGGAUAUCUACUAUAGAGAAUUUGGUCAAUGCAACUUACAAGCCAAUAGGUGAAUUGAUUGAUAACUUAAGCAAUGGAAAAACAGACUUCAAUCCUAAUGAUUUGGUCGAGUUACAAUCACAUUUAUGUUUGAAGUUAUUCUUGUUGAAGUUGUAUCUUGCUGCAUACAUCAUAUUUGAAAAGAAAGCUAACGUGAAUCUACUGUUUUAUUAUUACAAGAAAAUGAUCACCUUACUAUAUGUAGAAUUAAAUCCGUUCUUAGUAAUGUUGAAUGAUGCCAAUUCCACCAUCCAUCCCAUGACACAUAUAAUAUUAACCCCAAUAUUCAUCAGAUUUUAUUUCAUGUAUAAUAUAACCAUCAUCACACUCAUUAUACAUUUGAAUUAUUCAAUCAAAUUGUAUUUGGGAACGGACAAUAAAUUGAAACAUUUCUUUAACUUGAUCGAUGAUUUCAAAUUUUUAUGUUCGAACUCCUUGAAGUAUGCUGGUAAGGUUUCAAAGACUUAUUAUCUUUCAUGGAAGGCUAUGAAGGCUUGUAUUUAUGGUAUGAGGGAGACUGAUGGAUUGAGGACAUUUAGUGAGUUUUGUCAAGGUAAAAGUGCUGCUUGGAUAUUUACCCUGGAACAAGUUCAUGAGUUAUGUGAUAUAAUUGGUAGUGUGGUGUCAGAAUCGAAACAAGAUGCUGAUAGGUUGCCUAUUUCAGAUAGUUUCAAAUGGUUCAAUUUUGUACCUUACGAUCAUUCUAAAUCAACAGAAGAUAAUUUACUCAUUCAAAGGUAUCAUCUUUCUCAAAUGGAUGGUGUAUGGUUACACUAUGUAUCCACUUUAAAAGAAUCUAUUCCCAACAGUUUCCUUGACGAUGGUCAAAAUAGCACCCAAAUACCUAAUUUACUUAAUGCUGACAUAAUCGAACCUGGAUUAGAGUUCAUGAAUGGAUUUGGUAAUUUCUUCCAAAGUGAAGAUUUCUUUUUAGCUGACAGUUUCUACGGACCUUUAAGUUAG